GUGGCGGCCGCGGGGCGGGGCCGGGGCUCCGCCGCAGCCUCUUACCUGUCCAGGUAGCUCGCAUUUCGAGGCGACCGGCGGCGCCCGCAGCACCUGUCGCCCGGUGCGCGGGCGGGGAGGCCGGCGCGGGGCAUGGCCCGGUAGAGUCCCCGGGGAGCCGGUGCCGAGUGCAGUCCGGGCCAGGGCAGGGCGCGCGGGGAAGCUCCUUCCCCGGGCCCGCGCGGCCAGCGGCAGCAUGAAAAAGAGCCAGACGGUGCAGGGCACCUUCAGCAAACUCUUCGGCAAGAAGCACAACUCCCCCACCGCCACCUCCCUCUACGCCACCAAUCCCCCCUGGAUUUUCACCCAAGAGGCCUCGGAGGAGGGGACCAGGCACUUGGAUGGGAUCUAUUACGGAGACAAUCGGUUUGACUCUGUGAGUGAAUCAGGAACGGCCACACUGAAAGCUCGGCCAAGAGUCCGGCCCCUGCUGACCUUCCUUCCGCUGAAUGCCCAGGAGAACCAUGGGCUGGCUGUGCCCACCCCCUCUGUUCCAGAAGACUUUGUGGACAAAGGAGUGACAGGUACCAGCUCACUAGUCAAUGGCAACCUUCGAUUGUACAGCUCUGUGGGUGACCUGAGGCCUGGGCACUAUGGCCAGGACCCACUCAUCCCCCCGCCUCCCCCAGGCCCAGCCCCGGGGCCACCCCCAGAUGCUUUGCAACCUCGAGGGGAGUCCCCACCACCACCUCCACCUUCCAUGGCUCCCCCACCACCUCCCCUUCUGCUGGAACCCCCACCCCUGCCCAGCAUGGCCCCACCUCCGCCCCUGGUAUUGGGGGCCCUAUCCCCCCCCUCCACACCCACCCCCCCUGACUUCAUUCCCCCUGCCCCACCCUUGGCCUUUCUAGCCCCACCCCCACCCCCUUUGCCAGCCCCGGCACCCCCAGCUCUAGUGUCUCCUCACACAGGGACUCGCCUCUUUCCCCCUGGGGGUGUCACCAAGUGGAAAUCAGAGGUAGCACUGAGUGGCAGGCAGCCAGAACCCCCCAGAGCCAGCCCCCCCAGGAGCCCUACUGAACCAGACGGGUGUCCCCUGGGACCUAAACCAGACUCCCACCUCACCUUCCCCCGUGCGUUCAAGGUGCCUCCCCCAACCCCAGUCAGGACUUCAUCCAUCCCGGUUCAGGAAGGACAAGGGGCUCCUCCAGAGGAAGAAGGGGCCGCCAGGAAGGCCCCCAGUCGACUCCCACUGCCUCCCAGCUUCCACAUCCGCUCUGCAUCCCAGGUCUACCCAGACAAGGCCCCUGAGCCAGAUCACCCUGGGGAGCUCAGGGCUGCAGCACCAGCCAGCCCGAGGCUGGGCCAGUCCCAGUCCUGGCCAAAUGAACAAGCGGAGACUCUACCCUCACCCCCUCCCCUGCCCCCUCCCGCACCCCCACUCCCUCCCCCAGCACCCCCCCUUCCCCCGGCUGCCCCUCCUUUGCCUUCUGCUGAGAAGGCAGCCCCUCCACCUGCUGGGUUUAUGAAAAGCCCUAAAUCCAGCUCUCCUGCUCCCAAACCCAAACCCACACCCCUGAGCCCAGAGGACACAGCCUCUUCAGUGCCUGUGGACUGGCGGGAUCCCAGCCAGAUGGAGAAGCUGCGGAGCGAGCUAGCAGCCUAUUUCUGUGGCUCCAGGAGAGAGGACCGACUCGUCAGUCACAGGCCAGGCCCAACAGUGGCUUCUCAGGGAAAGGAGGGCAAGAAGGGCCCCAGCCUGCCAGAAAAGGAGGCUCCCCCAAGCCUGCCAGAGAAGGAGAUCCCCCCAAGUGUUCCUGAGAAGAGUCCCCGCAGCCUGCCAGAGAAGGCCACCACCAGCCUGACCCUCCCCCCUGUGGACUACAUCCCCCAGGACGCUCCAACUCCCAGUGUCCGGCAGAUCCGGAAUGAGCUGGAGGCUCGGCUUUCCUCAUCAGCAGAGAAGGAAGCCAAGCCCAGCAUAGGGUCUCUGCCUCCCAAACCUCGGCUAGAAGGGGGAAGACUCUUUGAAAACAGGGCCAAUAAUGGCAGAUUCUCCAAGCCUGUGGCCAAGAACCUGUCACCUCUAUCCACCACCCCUCUGCCAACCACACCACUCCAGUCCAAGGCCAUGCCUGGGCCAGCCACACCACCCAAGGCUACACCUGGACCAGCCACACCACCCAAGGCCAUGCCUGGACCAGCCACACCACCCAAGGCCACACCGGGACCAGCCACACCACCCAAGGCCACACCUAGACCAGCCACACCACCCAAGGCCAUGCCUGGACCAACUACACCUGGACCAGCCACACCACCCAAGGCCACACCUGGACCAGCCACACCACCCAAGGCCAUGCCUGGACCAACUACAUCUGGACCAGCCACACCACCCAAGGCCACACGUGGACCAGCCACACCACCCAAGGCCAUGCCUGGACCAACUACACCUGGACCAGCCACACCACCCAAGGCCACUCCUGGACCAACUACCCCUGGACCAGCCACACCACCCAAGGCCACACCUGGACCAUCUACCCCUGGACCAGCCACACCACCCAAGGCCACACCUGGACUAAGUACACCUGGGCCAGCCAUACCACUCAACGCCACACCUGGACCAGCCACACCUGGACCAGCCACACCACCCAAAUCCACACCUGGACCAACUACACCUGCGCUAGCCACACCACUCAAGGCCACACCUGGACCAGCCACACUAUCCAAGUUCACAGCUGGAUCGGCCACACCUGGGCCAGCUACACCACCUAAGGCCAUGGCUGGGCCUGCCAUACCAUCUGCAGUCCCAACUCUGCCCACCACAUCCUGCCAGUUGAUAGCAGAGAAGAACCUAGUCCCAGCUGGGCAGUGGGAGAAGCGAGAACCUCAAGAAUGUGCAGUGCCCUCCCAGCCAGAGGCAGACAGGCGCCCCUCAGAGGCCAGUAACCCUCCCACAGGGGGAGCCCUCUCAUCUCCAGCCCUCCCACCAAAGAUAUCCCCUGGCCAAGAAGAGGUGACAUUGCCCUACAAGCCCCACCGUGGCCAGAACAGCCCCAGCAGGGAGGCUGCCAUGGUGAUGCCUACAAUGGCCAGAGGAGAGGCUGCAGGGUCGGGGGAGCCUGUCGGGGUGAAGGAGCCCCAGGGGCUCCCAGCCAAACCCCCAGCCUCAGCCCAGCCUGCUGACGAACUCCUCAGGCAUCCGGUGACUGGGGAGGUGGUGGAGCGGGGUUCCCCGAUGGCCCUGCUCCUUGCAGCCAGGCAGAGGGCACAGAAGGGGAGGUCUGGAGGGGCUGCCCUGAGUCGGUCCUCCCUGCCAGGGAGUAUCCGUGGCCACAGCAGCCAGCCGGAGGCAAACUCUGACAGCAUCUUCUCUGAGGGCCGGCCCAACUCCUUCACUGUUGUCCCCAAGUUACCCAAGGAGGCUGAGAAGGACCCUCAGUUGGCCUGGUCAACACAGCCCACGGUACCCAAUCAGUGGAAGCCCCAGUCCCGCAGAGACCCAGAGGGCACAGAGCCAAGCCAUGGGCACAGAUGGACCAAGGCGGAGCCCCAGGCCCCUGUGGCCUGGGAAAGAGCAGCGCCCUCCAACCUCCCCCAGGGCCGCCUGCUGCCCAAGUCCUUCUCGUCCCCUCCUUCUCCUCCCUCCAAGAGGGAGGAGGAGGAGAAGGAGUUCAGCUUUGAGGUCAUCCCACCGCCGCCAGAGUUCAGCAAUGACCCUGAGCCCCCGACCCCGGCCCUCCAGUAUCUGGGGCGCCGGGGAUCCCCUCCCCGGAACAACUUCUCAGACUUGCGGCAGCCCCUGGACGCGGGCCCCGUGGCCUCUGCCCCUUGCGGCUUCUCGCGCUUCCCAGCGGAUGCGCGCUACUCCGGGGCCGGGGGCCCGGAGCGCUCGUCGGGCGGGGGCCGUUCUCUCAUCAAGAAGCGCCUGUACGUUGGGGAGUCCCACUGCAGCCCCGGGCUGCCCCGCGGCGGCACGGGCCGCAGCCUCAGCUCCCCCAACUGCUUCGGGCCGCAGCCUGGAGGGCCCUUCAGAGCGCCCGGAGGCCCGGAGGUGCGGCGCGUGGGCUCGGCGGGCCGCGCGCCCCCCGGCGGCCUGCAUGCGCGGAAGCCGUGCCUGGAGGGCGCGGCCCGCGGAGAGGCCAAGUACAAGGGGCCAGGCGGCGACUACGGCUUCGCCCCGGCUACCGGCAGGUCUCCCCACAACACCCCCCACUAUGGAAGCCCCAUCAACACGUUCACCGUGAGGCCGGGGACCCGCCAUCCCAUCUCCUAUGCCUACUCAGGGGCCCAUUGGAAAGCCCCAUCCUGAGCCCAGAAUUUUCUUAGUUCUACUCCAAGGGGUCAGAUCCGGGCACUUGUUUUUGUGGGGGUGGGAGGGACGCAGCAGGUGUUAGGCAGCCUGACUCGGACACGGAAGAAUCUUUGUUUCCCAAAGACAGACAGUCGGACAACAAGUGAGAAGCAGUGGGCCGGGGAAGAUCAAGAUUGGACUUCUGUUUCCCAAAGCACUGGCAUGGCUGUGGACCAUGCAGAUGGGGUGGGAGGGGCAGGAGGGAGGAGAGGAGGAACCUUGAAGGACUGGAGCCUGAGUUUCCACUAUCGGGUACCAUUUGCUUUAGCAAGGCUUAUUGAAAGCAGUUUUACAAGCGCGGCCUACUGGGCAGGUUCUAAAGCAGGGGCUGGGGCACUAACUCUGAAUGGAACCCAUCGGAACCCUGGCUGUGAUGGCCUGUCAGGCCUCACCAAGGGCUGAGGCCCAGCCGCUGGGGUAGGGAUGCAGGGCACUACAGGUUGGUCUCAUUAGGCUCCACCGUUGCCACCCCUACAGGUGAUUCCUGGGGUUCCUAGCAUAGAAGCCACAUGGAGGUGGGACCAGGAAUGUGCAUGCACAGCUUGUAGAGAAGGUACCGGAACAGAUGCUUUGUAUUGGCCAUGGGCAGGGAUGGGGGAUUGCUGGUUCAUUUUGCCCUGGCCCUGGCCCUUAGCUACAGGGAGGACUAGAGAGAGAAGACUUGGCAAGUUUGGGAUGGGAGACAGAGGAUUAAGGCUUGCUUUUUAGACCCAGGCAGCUAUGAUUUUGGGGAUUGGGCCCAAGGAGGCAGAAGGCCUGGGGCUUGACACCAAAGGCCUUACAUGGCCAGAUCCCAUAUGGGAUUUGGAGGGGGCAUCAUUCCCACCCCUCCCAACCCCGAUACUAUAGGUCCCCCAUAUUACUGAAGCCUUAAAAUGUGUAACCAAGAUGCUGGAAGGCCUUGGAGAGUGGGAGGCGACAGAGAUGGGAAUAGAGGUCUGAGAGGCGUUUGCUGCUAGUGGGGAAUGUGUUUUGGAAAGUGGCACAACUAGGCCAGUUCAGAGCAGGGAAGAUUGUGAGUGGGGUGACCAUUUGUCCUUUGCCUGGGCAGCCCAGGUUCAUGCCUGCUUUCAGUAAAUUAGGCCCCCUUCCACUUUCAAAAAAGUCCUGGUUUGGAUGAUAUAUGGUCACCCUACGUAUCAGGAAACAAUAUUCCUUGCUCUGUCUUUCCUGUCUUCAGAUCCCGGUGGGCCGAAUUCCUGGGACCAGGCCAAGGCAGGCGCCUCAGUAAGGAGGAAGGGCAGGGAGGGGUCCACCUCAGGUGCAGGCCGGGAGGGGCAGCCAGGAAGCAGUUCCCUUUGGGGGCAAGAUGUGUGCUAACCAGCCAAGGUACCGGGUUGUGGGGACAGCAGGUGAGCCACUUCAGGGAAAGAGUGCAGGGGUGGGCAGACGCCCUGAUGGGGCAGGAGCUGGUUACCUGUGUUCAAGGAGCAAACCCCACCCCAGCACCAGCACUGGCUUUAUACGUAUGUAUGUAUUUUCCCUGUACAAUGUUUUAUAAGAGAGUUCACUAAUUUAUCUGCUGUGUUAAGGCUUCGGGGUGGGGUGUGGACUCCCAGCUGUAUGUUGCUCUGUGGUGGGCAGGGAAGGACUGGUUUUCACUUGGCUUGGAAAUAAACAGGCCAGUUUGAACUGGCCUCUAGCUCUGUG